AGCGACUGCCACCGGGACACCUGCAGAGUCCCUGAGGUACCCAGGCUGGCUUACCCCAAUGCCCGCGUCCUCAAUCCCACGAGGGCGGACGUGCUGGUCAUGACCCCCUGGUUUGCUCCCAUCGUCUGGGACGGGGUCUUCGACUCUACCGUGCUGGACGCGCAGUUCAGAAACACCACCAUCGGGCUGACCGUGUUUGCCAUCAAAAAGUACGUGGUCUUCCUGGAGCUGUUCCUGCAGACGGCGGAGAGGCACUUCAUGGUGGGACACAGGGUCACCUACUACGUCUUCACCGACCGGCCAGCCGAUGUGCCCAGAGUGCCCCUCGCCAAAGGGAGGCAGCUGGUGGUCCUCAAGGUCCGAAACUACACGCGCUGGCAGGAGGUGUCCAUGCACCGCAUGGAGAUGAUCAGCAGCUUCUCGCAGCAGCGCUUCCUCCGCGAGGUGGACUACCUGGUGUGCGUGGACGUGGACAUGAAGUUCAGCGACCACGUAGGCGUAGAGAUCCUGUCCGCCCUCUUCGGCACUCUGCACCCCGGCUUCUUCAGGGCGGCCCGUGAGUCCUUUACCUACGAGCGCCGGCCGCAGUCCCAGGCCUACAUUCCCAGAGACGAGGGUGACUUCUACUACGCAGGAGGCUUUUUUGGGGGAUCAGUGGCUGAGGUUCUCCGGCUGACCUCGGCCUGUCACCAGGCAAUGGUGGUCGAUAAGGCCAAUGGGAUCGAGGCCGUGUGGCACGAUGAGAGCCAUCUGAACAGGUACCUUCUCUACCACAAGCCCACCAAGGUGCUGUCCCCGGAGUACCUGUGGGACGAACAGAUGCUGCAGAGGCCGCCUUUCCUCAAGAGGCUGCGCUACGUGGCGGUGCCCAAGAAUCACGCCGAAAUCCGGCACUGAAGAGCCUGGGGCCCGGGGCGUCUCCCG